AUGGAUCCCAACCAAAAUACUCCACCCAUUCCAAACACCCAAAACACUCCUAGUGAUUAUCAAGCUUAUAUGCAAUUGUUGAAUUCUCCAAUUCAACAACAACCUUUAUUCACUAACAUUCCCUACAACUCACAGUUCUUACAACAACAACGACCACAACAACAAUUUACCCAACCUCAAUUCAUUCCCCAAUUCCAAGCUUUUCAACAACAAGCUUCUCCACAAUUCCAAACUCAAUCAUCUCAAGUCCCAUUAACUCAAUCCCAAACCGUCAACCUCGACAACAACGAUGAGAUGGUCCAAGAAACACCACAAUCAUCUCGAAGAAGGCAAGCAAGAGGAAAAGGGAAAAAGAAAGCAACGACUUGGACUGGAGAAGAAGAAGCUUUAGCAAAAGCUUGGAUUUUCAUAUCUUGUGAUUCGAGGCGAGGCAACGCGCAAUCUGAAAAAAGUUUUUGGAAUCGUGUUGUGGACCACUUUCACGCGCUUCUUGGAAGAAAAACGGAUCUGUCCUACGACGCGGUCAACGGAAAAUGGCGUGAUCUUUGCGCGAUUUGCACAAAGUUUAAUGGCAUAUUUGAAAAUCUAAAAAAUAUGCAUAAAAGUGGUUCUAACGAUUUCAACGUUUUAUCUACCGCGUGCUACCAAUUCAAACUGACCAACAACGGUAAACCAUUUGGUCACCAAAAAGCAUGGGAAGUGUGCCGUCAAGGUCCAAAACGGGUCCUUAAUCCAGAGACAUCGCAUUCAGACUCGACCACCGGCUCCAACAAAAGAACAAGAACUUCUUAA